GCCGACCGCACCGCCCGGGCACCGCCAGUGGCAGUCACACUUUGGCCGGUGUUGGACACACUGUUGGAGCCGCUAGCCCGCGGUAGGCCCGCGCGUUCGCCACCGCCGCGUCCGCGAGUCCGCGCCCCAGUCUCCCCGGAAGGCACGCACCCUCAAGAUGACGGCCUCCGGCACCUCCGUGACGGCGUGCCUGCUGCUGCUGCUGGCCGCGGCCUCCGCCAACAGCCCCUGCCCGACGUGCGACCCCCUGGCGCCGCGAGAGGCCAAACACCUCUGGCAGGUGGAGAGCAAGAACGGGCUGCUCAACGGCGAGCUGGUCAAGGGAGCGGACAGCAUUGAGUACUACUCCUUCAAGGGCAUUCCCUACGCCAAGGCGCCCCUGGGGGAGCUCCGAUUCAGAAACCCCCAGCCCGCCGAGCCCUGGCACGGCUCGGUGCGCCCCGCGCUCGCCGAGGGCUCCAAGUGCGUCCAGAUCGCCGUGCCCUCCAUGCAGCCCGAGGGCGCCGAGGACUGCCUGUUCCUGAACGUGUACAGCCGCUGGCUGGGCCCCGCCAAGCUGCCCGUCAUGGUGUACAUCCACGGCGGGGGCUUCGUCUACGGCUCUGGCACACUGGCCGAGAACGGCCCCGAGUUCCUCAUCUACCACGACGUGGUGCUGGUCACCCUCAACUACCGGCUGGGCGCGUUCGGCUUCCUGAACCUGGACAACGACGACAUCCCCGGCAACAUGGGGCUCAAGGACCAGGUCCUGGCCCUCAAGUGGGUGCAGGAGAACAUCGCGGCGUUCGGCGGCGACCCCAGCAAGGUCACCAUCUUCGGCAACUCGGCUGGGGCGGUGUCGGUGCACUACCACACCCUGAGCAGGGCCAGCCAAGGCCUGUUCCGGGCCGCCAUCAUGCAGAGCGGCAACGCGCUGGCGAACUUCGGCUACCAAGAGACGCACCUCGACAUGGCCAAGCGGCUCAGCGAGCAGCUGGGCGAGAAGGCCGCCGGCAGCGACAAGGCCAAGAUAGCGGAGACUCUGCGGAGGGCCUCCAGCAAGGAGAUCCUCAACGCCAACCUCGCCAUGAUCCAGGCCGACCCGCAGCUGCAGCUGGGCCUCCCCGCCUUCUGCCCGAGCCCCGAGCGGCGCGCGGCCGGCGCGCAGAGCAAGUUCCUGACCCGCGACCCCGAGAGCUUGGUGCGCGUCCCCGAGGUGGCGGCCGUGCCCACCAUCGCGGGCCUCAGCGGCAACGAGGGCCACUUCGCGUUCGCGUUCGGCGGCCUGGCGGGCAAGCCGGAGGUGGUGGCCGCCCUCAAGCAGAACCCCGCGCUCCUGCUGCCCACCAACCUCACCCCGUUCCCGGACACCGUCAAGGUGCUGGGCCUCAACGGCAAGCCCGCUCUGUCCGCGGAGCAGGCCGCGCGGGUCGGCCAGGACCUCAAGGACGAGUACAAGCUGGACGGUGACAACGCGGGCUUCAUCCAGUUCUACGGCGACCUGUUCACCGCCAUGCCCACGCACCGCCUCGUCAACCUGUCGCUGGCGCACCACGGCCCCGAGGCGCCCCUGUUCCUCUACCACUUCCUGGAGGACGGCGACUACAACUGGGGCAAGGUGUCCUUCGGCGUCAGCAGCAAGGAGGCGACGCACACGGACGAGCUGGGCUACCUGAUGCGCAUCACCUCGCCGGCGACCUUCCCGACGCAGACACUGUUCGACCAGAACGCCGCGUCCAGCCGGACGCUCUGCAGCCUCACCAAGCUGUGGACCAACUUCGCCAAAGUCAGCAACCCCCUGCUGGAGGGCUGGGAGCCCGCCGACGCGCGGGCCGCCGCGCUGGCCGCGCCCUACGCCAAGCUCAGCGCCGACACCCUGGGCCGCCUGGGCGAGGGGCUGGGCGGCAAGGCCAUGGCGCUCUGGGACCGCGUCUUCGCCUUGACGAGGACCAACAGCAACUGACCGAGUGGGGCGUCCUCUGCGGUCUGCGUGUGCAGCCCCAGGGCAGCCCCUGCAGAGACCCGAGUGAUCGCUGUGCAGUAUUCUUCUCGCGGUUACCCAGCCUGGCUGAACCCCUGUUCAGCACGGCACUGUCGCAAGCAGCAGAGAAACAAAAUCCAAAAAAAAUAUAAAAGUUGGACUCCAACGAGUCUAGUCAAGCGGAGUAUAGGAUUUCCUAUCCCUAUCUUGGGGGAGCUUGACUAUAAUGGACUAUACUGAGAAAUUCGAUGUGUGUUUCAUCGAGGGGUGCAUUGUGGGUCCGCUAAAAAAACAAAGGUGAAAACUUUAAAACGUUUCUUUCCAUUUAAAAAAAAACGGAAAAAAAUCGGAAAGCUUAUUUGGCUUUUGAAGAAUGAAUGUAACACAAGCCUUUCUGUUUACCGUUUGAUCUCAAAUGCGGGUAUUUUACUCACGUAGGAGAGCGUGGGGAUAAAGCGUGCUGAAUUGUGUAGUCUAGUGAAUGUCCCCCUUUCGGAGGUAUUCUGUGCAUGACAAACAUUUUCAGACUCCAAAAUUUAGUCGUGAAAAAUACUGAGCGAUGGGGUGGGGGAGAGGUGUCCGCACCCCUGAAGCUUACGUGUGAUGUCUAUUUGUACCUGUUGUAUUAUAAUAUAAUGUUUGAACGUAAUUUUAGCCUAAUAAAUAUUGAUUGUUGCAUUUUAUACGUAA